AUGGCGCUUCCACCCAAGUGGUAUCAAUUCUUAGUCUCAGUCUUUGCCUCCUUGGGCUCUGUACUCUAUGGUUAUGAUCUUGGUGUCAUCGCCGGAGCUAUUGGCUCCAAGUCCUUCAAAUACCAAUUCGACCCUGAUGCCAACGAGACCGGUGCAGUGGUCUCCGUGUUUACUGGCGGUGCAUUCUUUGGAGCUUUUUUCGCCGGCCCAUGUGGUGACAAACUUGGAAGAAAGAUGACCAUCUUGAUCGGUGCCCUCGUCUUCAUUGUCGGUGGUGCUCUUCAGACUGCUGCUCAGAACCUACAUUACCUUUAUGCCGGUCGAGCCAUUGCUGGUCUUGGUGUUGGUAUGCUGGUCAUGAUCAUUCCCUUGUACCAAGCCGAACUGGCUCACCCGAGUAUCCGUGGUCGCGUAACAUCUCUGCAGCAAUUCAUGUUGGGCAUCGGUGCUUUCAUCGCUUCUUGGGCCGCGUUUGGAUGCUACACCUCUUACGGAGACCGCGACAGCCGACAGUGGCGUAUUCCGCUUGGAGUCCAGAUGCUGCCAGCUGUGCUCCUCGCUGCUCUGAUUUUGUUCUUCCCCGAGUCACCUAGAUGGCUCAUGUCAAAUGGACAAACCGAGAAGGGUCUCCAGACUCUCGCCAAGCUGCACUCCCAUGGUAACACCCAAGACGCCUGGGUCGUCGCCGAAUUUGAAUCUAUUCAGGAUGCCGUCACCUACGAGAAAGAGCACGAAGCAAAGUCAUACGCGGAGCUCUUCACCAACAAGUCAUCCUUCCGUCGUCUUUUCAUCGCUGUCGCUCUUCAGGCUUCCGUCCAGAUGACCGGUGUUUCCGUCAUCCAAUACUACUCGGUCGAGAUCUUUGCUCAGAUUGGUAUCUCUGGAGACGACACCCUCAAGUACCAGGCUAUCUCUUCCUUGAUUGCUCUUUUGGCUCAAUUCCUCUGCUUGAUGUUCAUCGACAAGUUCGGUCGUCGUUGGCCUCUUAUUCUCGGUAACAUUGGCAAUGCUCUCUGCUUUAUUGUUGCAACCGUCCUGCUCGCCAAGUUCCCCCCUAACGCUGAGGACCCCUCAAAGUCGAACAAGGGCGCCGGAUGGGGCUUCAUCGUGGUUGGCUGUUGGUUGUACAACUUCACCUUCUCGUCCACCUGUGGACCUCUUUCGUGGAUCAUCCCCGCCGAGAUCUUCGAUACCAGAACCCGUUCAAAGGGUGUCUCCAUCGCUACCAUGGUCUCGUUCGCCUUCAACACCAUGAUUGGCCAGACCACUUCCGUUGCCAUUGAUGCUAUUGGCUGGAGAUGGUACAUUGUCUUCAUCGUCUGCAACUUCACCAACGCCCUCUUCUUCUGGGCCAUUCUUCCCGAGACUGCCGGCCGUCCUCUCGAGGAGAUGAACUACCUCUUCACCAAUGCACCUCUGUUCGUUCCUGGUACCGCUGCUGGCAGCCGCAAGGGCUUUGCGACGGGAGAAUUAGAGGCCAGGGUCGAGGAGGUUGAGAGAAAGGGCUCGAUUACCAUUCACCAGGAGGAGACUCAGAGGAUUUGA